AUGUCUUCUUCUUAUUCAUUGGUUAUGACAUUGAUUCAUAUUGAUGAUGGCCUCAUCCAUCGUCCACAAGCAAGUUGGAGUAUUCGUUAUCUUACCUGUGAAUUAUCGACCACUCAAAUAUGGCUUUGCAGUGUCCCCUCAGCAACUGAGCAGUUUGAUGUGCCCUACAGAGCACCAGUUGAGAAAAAUGUCUUCUUGAGUGUUUCAAGAGUUUCUUAUCAAAGAGCUGAUGAAACGAAACAGGAAAACGAAGAAGGAAAUAGCAAUCCGAACCACGCAACACCGACUCACAUGGUGCAGGUGUACGACAUGAAAGGUGCUUGGACUCGUAGUAAUCGUACUGUGCUACUUGGACUUUAUGACGGAUUCAUCAAAGCCCAAACACUCAAACGGAAUCUUUCCUCAGAAGCACUCAAAGGUUUCAAACUUGACAAUACAAGACAAGGAUAUAGAAGCAAGUCAUCAUCAUUGAACACUUCUGGAAACCCAGAAUCUCCAACCAGUCCUGGACCAAUUCCUCUCAGCAAUUUGCAUUCAGGACAUGCUACUGCCAUGCUUAACAAAUUGGUUUCAGAGACAGAUAAAAAGUCUGUAGCCUUUACUGAAGAGCCAUCAGAAGCAAAUAUGGAACAAUUACAUGGAAUUGCCGCUUGCCAAACUGAUGAUGUAGUAAAGAAGAAUUGGUUAAUCGAGCUUUUCAACAGUCAAGUUAUGCUAAAGGGAUGUGAAACAGCUGGGUAUGUGAUUGUCAGUGCAGCAAAAGCCCAAAUCCUUUCCUGCAUCCACAAGCCUUUUUGGAAAGGUCGUCAGUUGUGUAGCAAGACUACUUGGGUUGGCUCUUUAGAAUGUAUGCAGUAUUAUGCAACAGUUGACCCUGGGGAAGUUGUCACUGAUGAAGACAUUGCCUGGUUGAGUAAAGAAAACAUUGAAGAUCGUUCAGAAUUUGAUCUAGAAGGAUUGCCUGAAAUGGUGAGCAGUGGCCAAAGUGUUGGUGGAGUUGUCAACAGCACUGUCAGUGGCCAAAAUGGCAGUGUAGGUCAGAGUGUCCAGCUUCAGCGAAUUGUGUCUCGUUGCCGAUGCCAAUUCUUUUAUGCAGGAUAUGGAGAAGUGGAAUCAGAACAAUUGCCAGAAGUUAUUCCAAUGGAAGACCUUCCAGAAAUGAUGCAGAUGGAAGAUGGAGUUGACACAACGACUGUGUUACAUCAUGACCUUAAUGUCUGCACCAACUCACUGCAGUAUACCAUGAUUUUGGACAUUGUUAACAACCUUCUCCUCCACGUCGAAUCAAACAGAAAGCAAGCAAGUGAGAAAUUACAACGUAUGAGGUUCCAAUUGCAACUUUCUACUGUAGAAGACCAACGAUCACCAAUCUUGCUCCUUCAAGAGAAUGUCAGGAAACAAGUUCAGAAACUCCGUCUCUCUCUUUCUCUUGAACAAGUCUCUCUUUCUCUUGAACAAGUCUCUCUUUCUCUUGAACAAGUCUCUCUUUCUCUUGAACAAGUCUCUCUUUCUCUUGAACAAGUCUCUCUUUCUCUUGAACAAGUCUCUCUUUCUCUUGAACAAUCUCCUUUUUCUCUUGAACAAGUCUCUCUUUCUCUUGAACAAGUCUCUCUUUCUCUUUUCUUUCUCUUGAAAAGUCUCUUUUCUCUUUCCUUUUUUCUUGAACAAUCUCUCUUUCUCUUGAACAAGUCUCUUUCUCUUGAACAAGUCUCCUUUUUUCUUGAACAAGUCUCUCUUUCUCUUGAACAAGUCUCUCUUUCUCUUGAACAAGUCUCCUUUUUCUUUCUCUGUCUUUCCUUGACUCCUUUGUUUUAUUUUGCAUUGUUUGAGUGUAAAGAACAAAUAAAUGGAUUCAAUGAGGAAUUGACCAUCCGAAUUAGUUGCUACAAAGAGGGACAAGUGCAAUUUAAAUCCCACUUACAAACGACACAAGCCUAUGGAGCCCAAGUGGUCCGGACAAAUGAAGUCUGCUUUAAAUUUGCUCAAUGGAGAUUGACCGAAUCAGAUGGACAACUUGGAAUUGCAGACCUUGUCUUGAGAAACUUUGUUUAUACAAAAGUGAAUCGGGACAAUGACACAUGGACUCACCAGUUGGAGUUAGGAUGGGUUCGUAUGACCAAUCUCUUGCCAAAUCCAAUUUACAAGGAUGUUUUGGUUCCUCGUCCACUCGGCCAAGAAGGAGAAAACAAACAAAUGACUUUGCGAAUUGUGUGUAGUGAAAGGCCCCCAGUGGGUGGUAUAGCGGUGAAGGAACACUUUGAGGUAAAUGUGGUACCCCUCCAAAUUCAGCUGACGUACCAGUUCUUUAAAGCCAUGAUGGUCUUCUUUUUCCCAGAGAGAAACAUUGACAUUGAUGACCAGCAAGAUGCAGAAUCUGAUGACGGUGUCCCUCAACGUCGUAAAACUGACAAAAAAGGCUCCCUCAAAGACCGAGGCGUUAUUUCUUCAAAAAGAAAUGCACAGAGUUAUACAUCCAGUGAUGAUAUUGAUAAAAUGAAGGAGAGAGCAGAAAAUAACAAUACCUUUUUGUACAUCAAAAUCCCUGAAGUUUCACUCAAAGUCAGUUACAAGGGAGAAAAAGAAAAGAAUUUUGAAGAUUUGCAUGAUUUCAGUCUGGUGCUGCCAACAUUGGAAUAUCACAAUUGCAUCUGGACUUGGUUUGACCUCCUGAUGACCAUGAAGAAUGAUAGCAAAAGAAUUCUAUUGGCCCAAGCUCUUCGUCAGAAAUUCCAUAUGCGUUCUCGAGCGCCAAACGAAGUCCCUCUGACAGAUGUGCAGCAAGAAGAAGACAAAGCAAAAAUGCUUCUGGGAGCCAAACUUUUGGCUGGCCAAGAAAAACCUGUGAAGAAAAGUUUAUUUGGAAAGCCUCCAAAGUGA